UUUGGUAUUUGGCGAAGUAAAGUUUGUACAGUACUGUUAGCAGGCAGGGUUAGCUACAGUCUGGCUGCUAGCUCAGGUUAGCCGUGCUAACAGCAGUAAACUAAUGUUGGCUUUAAUUUCCAAAGGCGCGUUACAUUUCCGCGCGGUGUUUGUCACUUGCGCUCUUUAAUCCAAAAGGUGACACCUGACACGUGAGGGAUACACUUAUUCACAGGAAGACAGAAUCAGAUGCUAGUUUAGCAGAGCAGCUAGCCUGAGCAGGAUGCUGUCCGCGCCGAUGGACGUCACACAAGACUCGCCUUAAAUUCGGUCCGGGUUAGGGUUACAGUGCUGAUCCGGACCGACAUGCAGCUGAUAAUAAAUCUUUUUAGGCGGCUCUUAAUGCCCAAGGGUGCCUCCUUUAAUCCGGCUGUAGUGUUAUACUUGAAUUAACCCGUUAAUGUCUUGUUUUCUAGACUUUGGUGAAGUUGGUUAGCUUACAGUGUUUACUGUAAACACGUUAGCCGAGCGGAGAGAAACGGGAGCUAUCCCCACACACCGGACAUCAAGCUCGGCAGCUCGUGACCGACGCUGAUGGAGACUUCGGGAGUUUGUGAGCUCGAUGUGGUGACGAGACGAAUCGUAGGUGGCAACGAUUCCCCGCCCGACCUGGACAGCCCGUCUCAGGAGGAGGUGUCUGAGUUUGGUUUGGGGCUCUCCUGCACCAAUGAGGAGAGGGGGGAGACUCCAGGCCGAGAGGACAGUCCCAGCGACCUGGUGGAGGCGGAGCUCGAUGCCGGCGGAGAUGCGAAGAACAGAGAGGACAAAGCUUUUGGGAAGGAGGUGGUUCUUCUGAUGCAGGCGCUGAAUGCUCUCGCCACUCCUGAGGAGAAGCUGGCCGCUCUGUGCAAGAAAUACGCCGACCUGCUGGAGGAGAGCCGCUGCAUGCAGAAGCAGCUGAAGGCCCUGCAGAAGAAGCAGUCUCAAAUCGUGAAGGAGAAGGUGCACCUGCAGGGGGAGCACAGCAAGGCCAUCCUGGCCCGCAGCAAGCUGGAGAGUCUCUGCCGGGAGCUGCAGAGACACAACAAGACCCUGAAGGAGGAGAACGCCCAGCGGUCCAGGGAGUACGACGAGCAGCGGAAGGAGGCCAUGCUGCACUUCCAGAUGACCCUGAGCGACAUCGAGGUGCAGAUGGAGCAGCACAGCGCCCACAACACCAAGCUGAGGCAGGAGAACAUGGAGCUGGCCGAGAAGCUCAAGAAGCUCAUCGAGCAGUACGAGCUCCGAGAGGAGCACAUCGACAAAGUGUUCAAGCACAAGGAGCUGCAGCAGCAGCUGAUGGACGCCAAGCUGCAGAGAAUCACCGAGAUGAUGAAGGAAGUGGAGGAGAAGCAGCAGCGUGAGAGAGACUUUCUGCUGAAGGACGCCACCGAGUCCAGACGCAAGUGUGAGCUGAUGAAGGAGCAGGAAACCCAGCUGAAGCAGCAGCUCUCUCUGUACAUGGACAAGUUCGAGGAGUUCCAGAGCACUCUGGCUAAAAGCAACGAGGUCUUCACCACCUUCAGACAAGAGAUGGAGAAGAUGACCAAGAAGAUCAAGAAGCUGGAGAAGGAAACGACCCAGUGGAGGACCAAAUGGGAGAGUAACAACCAGGCGCUGCUGCAGAUGGCAGAGGAGAAAACGCUGCGUGACGGUCACUUCAAGGCUCUGCAGGGGAAGCUGGAGCUGCUGGAGAGGCUGUGCAGAGCUCUGCAGAAGGAGAGGAACGACCUGAAUAACCGACUCAGCCUCCUCCAGGAGCAGGGAGACAAAGGGAGCACCACACCUCCUCAGGCCAAGCCACGAGAGCCUUCGGCCGAGGAUGAAAAGGACGAGGAGGAUUCGGCGCAGGGUGACGGGCCGGAGACGGCGGACGUUCAGGAAGCUCCCAGACCACCUGAAACGGACCCGACGGCGUCUCUUGGUGACAGCGAGCCUGCAGAGACGGCGAGCGCACCGCAGGACUGAGCUCACCUCGCAGCCUGCGUGGAGGUGAGGGGGCGUGGUGGGAGGGGCUUCACGCAGCUCCAGCCUAGUUCCACAACUAGCCAGAAAACCACCUUCAGUGGAGAUGGAGCUCUUUUUUAACAUAGACCUCCUCAGAUUUCUACACAGAAGCUGAAGCCGUGUCUCUUUGUGUGAUAAAUGAUUGUAUCAGAUUCUCUAAAACGUGGCCCACGGUAACGAUCGGCACUUCUUCAUACUCCCCGUUUCUACUCGAAUUUAUUUUCAUAGGGAACCUCCAGGCGGGCCUUCGAUUUCUCUCCUCACACGUCCGAGUAUGACUUUGAUUUGAGUCGGACACGCUGUCGAGUGUCUGAGAAAAUGGGACCGGGGUCAGAGGUCAUCUGACCGACCACAGGGGCGGGAAAUGGCAGAACCUCGCAGUGUAGUUGGUUCUAAGUGUUUCCAGCAGAUUGAGUCUGUCUGCUGCAGCCGCGCUUUUCAGUAAGUCUUAAAUUUUAUUAAUGAUGAAUAAGUCUGUGGAUGUCUCCUCCACCAUGAUCCAGCCCUCCACCUGCUGCACGUUCAGGUUAGAGGAAACUUUCAGAGGACAGUCAGCGACACUGCUCCACGCUGCAGCUCUGAUCAUGUUUAAACGAAUGUUUAGAGAAAUAAUCAAAAUGAUUCAAUUUGAACUUUAUUGAAAUGUAAGAGCUUCGGUCCGAUCACACAUAAAUGUUUUUUGGUUUUCAUAAACAAAACUGGCGAUAACAGGAAGUGACUGUAGUUUAACCUCACGUCGUUAAUGUCACGCAGCUGCCAUCGGGACGCAGCGGGAUCGUUUUUGAACCUGCUGAUAGGCGCUGAGUCGGCAUGACGACAGCCUCUGUCAAUUAAAAAAAAACAAAAACAAAUACAAACCAUGAGUUUUGGGCGUUGUUUGCUGCCCCCCUGUGGUCAACCAGUGUCAUUUCCUCUCCUUUGAACCCGUUCAACACGUUUCUGGGGAUCAUGCAUGUUUUGUGUUGAGGAGCGUGCACGUGUGAGGAAGAGUCGAAGGCCUUCGUCCUCUGAAAAGUGAUUUCAUGUAAAUUAUGUUUGGAAAUGAUGAUGGGCUCUGUGAUCUUUAUACUGGAAGAAAAGCUGAAUGUGAUUUUUCUUUUUUUAAUGAAUCUGAAUAAAAAAAAAAAAAAAAAAUUGUGGGUUUCUGUCAGUGAUGCAUAUUAUUAGGAACACCUGGGUCUGUGUCUUGUUCAGGAAAAUCUCAGCAGGGGUCAAAUCCCGCUCCGGGUCAUUCUGUGGGGAUUAAGUCAUCAAAAGCAAGAAAUUGUCACAAACAUUCAUCUCUCUUCACCUUUUCAUCAUUUAUCAGUUUUCUUUGACCAGGUCGUUAAAGUGGAUCUAUUUUGUUUCUAUUCUUGGACUCUACCAGACCAGCUUUGCAUGAUUCAAAAUAAUCCUUCUGUAUAUCAUACCUGGCCUCACUGCUGCUGAAACAGGCUGGUUUAGCCCCUCCCACUUUAAGACAGCAUUCUGAUUGGCUGCUUCUUGAAAAACAGGGCACCACCUCUCUGUGACAUCAUCCAGAUUCAAGAGUAGAAAAAACUGAAACUGUGUUUAGAGCAGCUGAGCUUUAACAUGAAGGACACGACACAGGAACAGGAAAUACACAACAGGAAGUGAGCAGAAGCAGGAUAGGUCCACUUUAACUCGGGGUCACCCUCGAUGGUCCCGCUGACGUGUCGACCGUGUUUCCGAGUGUCUCCGGCGUCGGAUGAGGCUCUCGGCUUUUUGAUGUGCUGUCGUUUAAAAAACGCUCUAGCUGCUUUCAGCGCUGUUCUCCUGCUGCACAUCUGUAAUUCAAAUCACACAGCAGCGCCCGAAUGACUGAGGAAGUUUGAUCCGUUUUCAUCUUUUUCCUGUCAGGUGAUGGUGUCUGUC